UUGCAAUAUUUAAGAUAUCGAUUACAAUUUAUUAAAAAUCGAUACCCCCCCAAAAAAAAAUCCAGACCACAAAAAAACAAUAAAAGCGGGUACUAAUAAAUUUUUAUUCGUUUAAGAUUAAAUAUUAUACGACUCCGCACGCUUUGACACUUCCUUACUGUUACGAAUUCCCCUCUAUUAGUUUUGUUGGAGAUGAAUAAGUCUCGAGACUCGAGAGUGACGGCAAUCAAAUGAAUCAAAGUAUUCAAAAUCAACAAUUUUCUCGCAAUCGAUUUUUAUCUCCAUCCCUCUUGUUGGGUCUGAAUUCAGAUCAAGACCCAACAAAAGGAUUUCCAUUUUUCUUGCAAUUUGUUUUGCUUUCCAUCCCUUUUGUGCUUUUUUUCGUUUUUUUUUUUCAUACCCAGAGUCCCAGACCCAACAAAAAUAAAUAAUUCCAUAAAAGUUAACCGUUUUAUUUAGUACAAUUUCUUAACAGAUAAUAUGGACUAGAGAGAAUAUUUUAAAAAAAUCGUCGUCUGUUAUUGAAACUUUGUUGCAUUAAUUAACAGAUGAGAGGAGAAAAAAAAAGAAGAACAAAAUGACACUGUCACGACAACGUUGGAAACAACAUUUGCAUGUUCAGCAUCUUUUUACUUGUUUUACAAUCACGGGGAACAUGUUGUUGACGUCAACGACACAAGUUUUCCCUUUCGGCGUCUUCCUGUUUCCUAGGCUCUCAAAAGACUCGGAUGUGUUUUGCUUGUUUCUCGAUAUCCGAUUUCGUUGUUUGGAUCUGGUUAUUGGUGUACACUGUAUAUCUUCCUUGACAACGCCGUUGAUGGACAAGAAGGUUAGAUUUUCCUACGUGACGGUUGAAACCUUGCAGGUUUGUUUGACUUCAAAUCAGCAGUCGUUUCGUAUCAAAUCUUGUUUUCUUUUUGUUACACCUUUUCUGAGCAACUCCAAUCGGUUUCCAAGUUGACAAUUUAACGAUCCUUUUUCUUAGUUCCUUCUUAGCUGCUUGUCUCAAGUCUCUCGCCUCCCUUGUUCACUUGCAACUUGAAAAUCUUGAGACGUUGUGGGCGGAUCAUUAAUAAUUAUCAAGAGGAAAGGAAGAGGGUCCACCGAAAGUGCAGCUGACAGUUUAAGGAUUCCGGAAAGAUAAUCGAAUAUCAAAGUCCACUAUAGCUGUAUCGGAGAAAUUAAAUGCGACGCACUUAGAAAACUUUGGCGAAAACGAGGACAAUGUGAAUGGAACGAUGCCGGCAAUAAUCCACAGCCAAAUAAUCUUAAAGCUAAAAUUAAAAAGCUUUGCCAAAACAACAAAAUUGAGUUCAAAAUUUCACUGAGAUUAAAUGUUUAACCAAAAAGAAGAGGAGUUGGAUGGGUGUUACUUGUUACUUAGUUCGAACCGAACCACUUUGUUGAUUUGCGGCGACUGGUUAAUUUGCAAAGGCCAUCAGUUUCCCCGACUGCAUUUUCGUUCCAGAAAACAACCGGUCGUCUGUUAUGGAAAUGUUCCCGGUGCAUUACGACUGUCAUCCUCGUCGUGCUGAAUAACCUAUAACCCUCCAUAUAUGUGUCUAUUGUGGGUUCCCAAUGUUAACGGAAGAUGAGGUGAAAUUUCGCGUGAGUUUGACAAAACUUUGUCGCCAGUCAAAAGGCGACACAGAAUCCCAACGCGCAUUCACAAUGUUCAAUUUUAAUGGCGAUACAAUCUGAUGACAUUUUGUGCCUGGACUUUAUGCUCGGCUUUGGUUGUCCUGUUUAGGAUUGCCACCGACACAUUGCCCUUUUCAGGAGUCCAAAAGCGACACAUUUGAUUAGUGAUUGAUGGAAUAAAACGCGGCUAAUAAUGAAUUCUAAUUUCCCCAUUUGGUUGUCACUUUUGCGACAGGUUUCGUGGAUUCGGCGGAGAGAUUGGCACAUCAUGUCGUCCGGCAGUCACAUCUACACGGCCGACAGCCGUUUCAGCGUCCUCAACCGGCCCGGCUCACCCGACUGGAUUCUGAUGCUCAAAUCGCCGCAACUCUACGAUUCCGGCACCUAUGAAUGUCAGAUAGCGGGCGGACAGGGACAAGUUUCGCACUUUGUCGAACUUUUAGUCUGGGCGCCGGUAGCGUCGGUCGUCGAGGGCAGCGAACACCACGUCGAAGCCGAGAGCAACAUCCAACUGCAUUGCAAACUCUACCCAGAAGCCAACAAUUUCCAUAUUAACAACAGCAACGAGACCAACCGGGAACAGACGGCACUUCACCAGUUGUCGUUACCCGCGGUGGUGGGUGGCAGAGCGCCGUUCGUUUGGUUUCACAACGGCCGGCCGCUGAUUCACGGCGGCAAAUCGUCGGCCGGUUUGGGGUUGGUGUCCAUUUACCUGGAAGAUGUUGCUGAAUCCAUCGCCGGCAAAAGCGACUGGAUGGCGUGGACGAGCCGUUUGGUGAUCCAGCGAGCAGAUCCAGCCGAUUCCGGCAACUAUACCUGUGCACCGUGGAGAGGAAAAUCCGCAUCAGUCAACGUCUUCGUUUCACAAGGUGAUCGACCAGCGGCGGUUCAGAGGCAGUCUGCGCUGAGAUCUUCCAUCCCACUGAAUGUACUCAUCUUUGGGCUUAAUUUUCUUCUACUUCAGAUGCCUCUUCAGGACCGAUAAUCCCUUCUCUUUCUGCUUUUCUACAAUUUUUACUUGUUCGUUUGGUUACGGUUACACCAGCCGUCAUUUUAAGGAUAAAUAAUUGUUUCAUCGUGCCCGUAUGUGUACAAAUUCUUUCCUCGAUGAAAAUUAACUCAAAUAAAAACAAUAUUAAAUUACUGUA